GUUUUUAGUCCGCUUUGAUGAAGUCGACAAGCGCGAUGAUCUGACGAAAAGUAUCUCUCCGUAUGCCUACUGCAGGUUAUGAAUGCUCAAGUAAUGAAAGUGGGAAUGGUCAUGAUAUUGCUGUUUUUCUCAUACCUUGGAACGAAGACGAUCUUCCUGGUAAGAGCACUUUAUUCAACGAUAUUUUUCAUUUCCACCCUGCUGUUUGGGAGAAAGAAUUAUCUUGCAAUAACGAAGUAUCAGAGGAGGAAGUCUUGUUUCAUAUUGAUACUGGGCAUACGGACCAAAGUAAAAUGUGCCUAAAUACAACAUUUGGUCGCUUCCCGGAAGGCAGAUCCUCACCUUAUGAUAAAGAAAAAGAAAUUGAAUUUUGCUCUUGGCUUCAGAAGAUAAUGGUUCCCAGCAGACGGUAUAGAUCAGGAGAUGGUAUAUUGAAUCCAGUGGUGCACUUUCUUAUUACAACUCUCGCUCCUGGAUGGGUUGGUGGUGCUUUGACUGGGGAAACGUGGACCUAACAAAAACCAGUCUGUAUUGUGAGAACCCAUAUAUAAUUAUAGAAAUUGUAAAGCAUAUAUUAAUUAACACGGGACCCGGUUGGAGUUAAUGCAUGGUGUAUGUCAAAAAUAUUCAAUCCAAUAUCAAACUAUUAGGUAUUUCCAAAAUAUUUAAUCGAUAUUAAAAAUCUUAUGUACA